AUGGAGGGCUCCCCGGAGGGGGAAGCGCCCGCCGCGGCGCUGGCCGCUGUGCUGAAGCACAGCUCGGCGCUGCCGCCCGAGAGCGCUCAGGUCCGGGGCUACGACUUCAACCGCGGCGUAGAUUACCGCGCGCUGCUGGAGGCCUUCGGCACCACCGGCUUCCAGGCAACCAACUUCGGGCGCGCGGUGCAGCAAGUCAACGCCAUGAUUGAGAAGAAACUGGAGCCGCUGUCGCAGGAUGAAGAUCAGCACAAGGACCUGACCAAGAGCCGCCGCCCGCUGACCGGCUGCACCAUUUUCCUGGGCUACACGUCCAACCUCAUCAGCUCAGGCAUCCGGGAGACCAUCCGCUACCUCGUGCAGCACAGCAUGGUGGACGUCCUGGUGACCACGGCUGGAGGUGUGGAGGAAGACCUCAUCAAGUGCCUGGCGCCCACGUACCUGGGCGAGUUCAGCCUCAGAGGGAAGGAGCUCCGGGAGAAUGGGAUCAACAGGAUCGGGAACCUGCUGGUGCCCAAUGACAAUUACUGCAAGUUUGAGGACUGGCUGAUGCCCAUCCUGGACCAGAUGGUGCUGGAGCAGAACACAGAGGGUGUGAAGUGGACGCCUUCCAAGAUGAUUGCCCGGCUCGGCAAGGAGAUCAACAGCCCGGAGUCUGUGUAUUACUGGGCACAGAAGAACCACAUCCCCGUGCUGAGCCCGGCGCUGACCGACGGCUCCCUGGGAGACAUGAUCUUCUUCCAUUCCUACAAGAACCCGGGCCUGGUCCUGGACAUCGUGGAGGACUUGCGGCUCAUCAACACGCAGGCCAUUUUCGCCAAGCGCACGGGGAUGAUCAUCUUGGGCGGCGGCAUGGUCAAGCACCACAUCGCCAACGCCAACCUGAUGCGGAACGGGGCCGACUACGCCGUCUACAUCAACACGGCCCAGGAGUUCGACGGCUCCGACUCGGGCGCCCGGCCGGACGAGGCCGUCUCCUGGGGCAAGAUCCGGAUGGAUGCGCAGCCCGUGAAGGUCUACGCCGACGCCUCGCUGGUCUUCCCGCUGCUCGUGGCCGAGACCUUCGCCCAGAAGGCCGGUGCCUUCAUGUCAGAGAAGAGCAAGGACUGACCGCGGCCCGGGAGCUCCCCCUCCUAUUUAUUGGUUCCCAGCGGUGUCCGCGCAAUAAACGCUCGGCAGUCUCCAGCCCGCGGCCGGGGGCUCCGGGUCAGCCCGUGCC